AUGACACUACUGAACUCCACAAAAUAUGACUUCUUGGACAUCGUAGAACCAGUAACAGCAUACACAGAUGGCUACUUGCUGUCCCUGAACCUUGGCACACCCCCACAGGUCUUCCAAGUGUACCUGGACACGGGGAGUGACCUCACCUGGGUCCCCUGUGGCACCAGCAGUUACCAGUGCAUGGAGUGUGGCGAUCAGCAUAGCUCCUCUAAGCCAACCCCAAUGUUCUUGCCGUCUCAAUCCUCGUCGAACACAUGGGACCUCUGCGGCAGCCGCUUCUGCGUCGACGUCCACAGCUCCGACAACAGGUUUGAUCCUUGCGCAGCGGUGGGAUGCGCCAUCCCUGCCUUCACCAGUGGUCUCUGCCCCAGACCUUGCCCUCCUUUCUCCUACACUUACGGCGGUGGAGCACUGGUCCUGGGGUCCCUUGCAAGGGACUCUGUAACGCUCCAUGGAAGCAUACAUGGCAUUGAUCCUCUGUCACCUGUGGAGUUCCCAGGCUUCAGCUUCGGCUGUGUGGGCAGCUCCAUCAGGGAGCCGAUCGGCAUUGCCGGGUUCGGCAAGGGCACGCUGUCCCUGCCCUCCCAGCUAGGGUUCCUGGGCAAGGGCUUCUCCCACUGCUUCCUCGGCUUCCGGUUCGCGAGGAACCCCAACUUCACCAGCCCUCUGGUGAUGGGCGACCUAGCGCUGUCGUCGGCGACCGACGACGGCGGCUUCAUCUUCACCCCGAUGCUGAAGAGCGUCACCUACCCAAACUUCUACUACAUCGGCCUGGAGGGCGUCAGCUUCGGAGCCGAUGGCGGCUCUGCUUCCACCAUGGCCGCUGCUCCCCCGAGCUUGAGCGGCGUCGACUCCCAAGGCAACGGCGGUGUGCUCGUCGACACCGGGACGACGUACACCCACCUCCCGGACCCGUUCUACGCGUCGCUCCUGGCGUCCCUCGCCGCGGUCGUGCCGUACGGGAGGUCGCGCGACAUGGAGGCGCGCACGGGGUUCGACCUCUGCUUCAGGGUCCCCUGCACGCGCGCGCCGUGCGCGGCGGAGGACGACGAGCUGCCGCCGAUCAGCCUCCACCUCGCCGGCGGCGGCAGGCUGACGCUGCCCAAGCUGAGCAGCUACUACCCGGUGACCGCGGUCAGGGACUCCGUCGUGGUGAAGUGCCUGCUGUUCCAGAGGAUGGACGACGACGGCGGUGAUGCCGGCGGCGGCGGCGCGAGCGGGCCGGGAGCGGUGCUUGGGAGCUUCCAGAUGCAGAACGUGGAGGUGGUGUACGAUCUGGUGGCGGGGCGGGUGGGGUUCUUGCCGAGGGACUGUGCCCUCCGCGCCUAG